UUCCAUUUGGCUCAAUCAUUAUCGUUGUAACGACGAUGGAAGGUUCGAAAACUACUAGGAAGUCGUGUGACUUCUGUUACCGGCGCAAAAUUAAGUGCGAUAGACAGAAGCCUCACUGCUCACAUUGCAUCACGUAUAAUCUUGACUGUACCUUUACAGCACCCAGCCGCAAGCCUGGACCGAAGAAACGACAGAACUCUGCAAAUAUCGAGGGUGGCACAAGUAAUACGCAAGGUCAUAUGCGGCAACUAGAAGCUAUAAUCCAGCAGCUCAUUGACCGCUUAGAACUUGCUGAGGAGAAAAGUGAUGUUCAGUCUUUACCUCAAUCUGACGGGGCCACGGAGACUACCACAACGACACUGUCAACCAUCGUAACAAAGCAAGACGACAAUGGUGUUUCUAAAUCGAUGAUCCUCCCUCCUCGAGAACAUGCCCUACCUGUCAUACAAAUCUACCUCAAGGAUUUUAAUACAGUAUUACCCUUAUUUGAUGCCAAAACCCUUCUGCAUUUAGUCCACAAUUGUUACAAUGUUGGACCCGCACAACGAAAUCCGGUGGCAUGGGCUGCCAUAAAUAUUGUUUUAGCUCUCGCACAACGGUACACUCUUGUGGAUUGUCAUAAUGUCCCCUCCCCGGCUGAGUGUAUUAGCAGAGCAGAAUCAGUGCUCUCCACAGUGGUGCUGGGUGAGAUCCAGCUGCUUAAUAUCCAAGUCUUGGUGGGCAUGGUGAUGCUACUUCAGGCCUCGCAAGAUCUCCAGCCUUCGCUGAUCUUGAUUGCCACCACAAUGCGUCUCGCACAUGCGAUUGGCUUGCAUGACUGUACCUACUCGGCGCAUCUGGAUACUCUCCACGCGAGACAGCGUGCUUAUGUGUUCUGGCUAGCGUACAUCCUCGAUAAAGACCUUAGCAUGCGCUCGAAACAGCCAUCGAUACAGAUUGAUGACGACAUCAACCUUGACUUGCCGUCGCCAGCAGUUGUCGAGUAUCAGAUUGCGGGCAUGAGUGGAAUCAACGACACCGGAAACGAUACUGGCAUCAUCGCUACCACCGACAGAACCGUCAAGAUGAAUUACUUUGUAACUCGCAUCCAGCUGGCCACGAUUGAAGGCGGCGUAUAUGAUUAUUUGUAUUCAACACGCUCUCAGAAACGUAGUCCGAAAGAGCGUUCUCAUGCACUACAGAGCGUAGCCUCCGCCCUUGAGCAGUGGAAAGUCUCCAUCCCACCCGAGUUUAGCGCCUCUGUGGCCCUAAUGCGAGUACCUUAUGAUGUGCUACGCUUUCUCGGAGAAUUGCACUCCACUACUCUGGCUUGCACAACUCUCAUAAACCAGGCCCAUGCGUGGGACGCCAAGUGGGUGGCCAGCAUACGCAGGUAUGGUAGGCAAGGUAUUGUACCAAUUCUGCCGCCAAAAUGGGAGGUGUUGGUACACGAGGCACGUGAUCUAAUGGUUUUGCUUGGGACAUUGGGCAUGACAGAUUGCUGGAACUUCUGGAACACUGGUUGCUCUUAUAUGACAGCUAUGGUGCUCUUGACAGCCAAUAGCAUGCAUAGGCCGCAACACAAUAAAUUGGCAUUAGAUAGCCAACUCAUUGAAGUUGGGUUGCAAACACUGGAAAAAAUGGUGCAGGAGACGGGGAGUGAAAUGUUAAAGUCAUUUCAGGCUACUUGUGCAGAGUUGUAUCAGCACACCCAACGACGAUGCGACGAAGCAGCUAUAAUAGCUAACAAUGUUGACUAUUCAUCGGUGUUUCUGGACACAAACUAUGGAUCUGAAGAAAAUGGCCAAAGUGAUGGUGUUUAAUUAAACUAAGCUAGAUCAGUAGAAGGCAAAAAGAUUCCC